AUGCCACCCACCCUCCCGCUCUCCCGUCCACUCCCAGCCGGCGCCGCAGCAACAACAUCCUUCACCUCCACCACCUCGACAACCAGCUCCAAUGCCCCGCAAACCCUCCACACCCACACCCACCGCCGCUCGCCCUGGACCUACAUCCACCUGCGCCUGCACACGACUCCUCCCACCACGACCACCCUCGACGCCCUGACCGCGCGCCAGCACCUCUCCGCCGCGCUGCGCUCCUACCUCGGCGCGCACGGCGCCGCGACGGCCGUCGACAUCUUGCGCGUCGAUGCUGAUAGCGGGGACGUCUGGAUCCGCGUGCCGCGGGAGGAUGGGGCGGGCGUGGUUGCGGCGGUGGGGGGGUGGGUUGGUUCUUCGGCGGGAGGUGGUGGUGGAGAGGAGGAGGUGAGGACGGGGUGGGUGGUGAAAGGGUGGGGGGAUUGGUUGGGUGGGGUGGUUUUGGGGAGGGGAGGAGGAGCAGGAGGGGAUGGUGGGGCGGAUGUGUUUGGAGAUGGGAGGUGA